GGUAUAGAACGAGAUGCUGUAACAAUUUUUUCAACUUACAUCGCUAAAGGCUCACCAAAACCUAUUGGAGUUGAUGACACGCUUAGAGCUGAAGCCAUCAGUAAGUCUUACUGUCCGUGCAUAAGUGCCUUGGCAGUUAUUCGAUGCUCAUUAUGUCUCCAUGACAGAAAUUUAUUUUGUGUGGAUUUGUAUACAGCAUUUCACAAUAUAUUUUUCAGUGAUGGCUAUCACCAACCCAUGUGCUAUCGUUACAUUAUGUAAUAAGUAUCUUAAUGAAUUCUGUGACUUCUCCCAAUGAUUUCACAGGUAAAAUUUGUCAAGAAAAUGGUGAGGUAGAUCCGGAGUGUUUUGCCAGCUGUCGGAGAUUUGUGUUAAAUAAGCUAGAAUCAGAGUAAGUGUUCACUCGGCUCAAUCUGAACGGUAGAACAGGUUUACAUAUGUAAUGUCAUUAGUUUAGCCCAUAAUGAAAUAGUAAAGUUUUAUUAAGAAAAUCUUUUUUGAGGAAAAUAAAAAUUGCUAAAUAACAGGUAAAGAAAAACAAUGAUAAACGUUUUAAAUACCCGGUACAAAUUGAACACGCUUGACCCUUUUCCUUUCUCUCUCUCUUUCUUUUCUUUUUUUCCUUUUUUUUUUUUCUAAAUCAGUUAUUUCUUAGAAAUGAAGUUUCCAUUCUGAGCCAAUGUUUAGUUUUGAGAUUUAACAGAAUAUGUGUUUUAGCUCUUAGCAAAAUGAUGUGCUUUUCUUAGAUAUUACCAGCCUUUUAAAGACAGCGAGUUCCACUGCCGACAUCAAGUCAAUGUUCUAACAACAGAGAAGUUGUUCUUACCAGAUAUUCUCUUCAAUGAAAAUGCCCUGUGUUACUUUAUGGAGGUAAGGUUUGUUACUUUAUGGAGGUAAGAUUUGUUACUUUAUGGAGGUAAGAUUCCUUACUUUAUGGAGGUAAGAUUUUGGAAAUAGUGAGGAAUUAAGUUAUUUUCACAGGAUGGGAAUAGUGAGGAAUUAGUUUCAUGUCAUAUCAUGGAAAUAGUGAAUUAAUUAAUUAAUAUACAUUCCAGUAAAUUAAAAUUUGACAAAUAAAUUUUACUCUUGGUCUGAGAUCAGUAGUUCUACAAUAUUAAUUCUAACUCGACCACAUAUACUAUUGAUUGGGUUAAUUUUAAAAAGUUGUGUACCAGUAAUUAAAAAAUUAAAGUAAUUUGGUCAAGUCAGUUUAAAAUAUUUAAAUGAUUGAGGUUUUACCUCCACUUACAAUUUAUGGAACAAGAGGGCGCUAGUGACCUUAUGCAGAUGUGGCUUGCAGCUGAAAAUUUCCAACAACUGCUGUCCACAAGCGGAUCUUACAAUUGCAAGCAAGCACAGAUUGAUGCCAUGGUUUUAUAUGACAGGUAUCAAACACUUUACUAUUUUUUACCAAUUGCAGCAUUAAGGGAGAUUUUACCAAUGUGUUAGUUACUAAAGAUAAAAACUGAUCAGAUCAUGAUGGGGGCUUAUGCUUAAUUUUGGAAAAGUUACUAAGUUGGCAGAAUUCAGAUUAAUUUAAAUGUCAGAUCAUAUUUAUAUUUUACAUUCGAUUAUUUCUAAAGCUAAUUUUUUUCCAAAUAACAGCCACUAUAGGAAUUGGUCAUUACUUGAAUCACUACCACUAUAGAAACUGGUCAUUGAAUCACUGCCACUGCAUCUUUGUUGUUAAGUUAGAGAAUAAACUAGCCAGUUAUCUCCAUUCCAUGUUCACAGAUAUUUUUCCCUCCAGGCCACUAAUCCUGUUGGCUUUUCGGAUAAAAUGAGAUUUGAAAUUGAGGAUGUUUGUAUGCCAGGAUGUUUUACUACAGCCAAGAACAUUGUGCUGAAGAUCAUA